UAUAGAUGAGUGGCGUUAUAAGUACAAUGUAAGUGCUACAAUCUGUUAGUCUUUUAGUCUAGGUAGAGUCUGAAGAGAUGUGUCUUUAGUUUUAUCACAGCCAAUGCCAUCUAUUUGAUUGCCUUUUGUAGGUGUAGAAUAGAUUUUGUAUUGAGAUUGAGUCUUAAACUUGUGAACUUAGACGUAUGUAUAUUGAAUCUUGCCAUAAUAAUCAACCUAUUUAAAUAAAUACAUUUAAAAUGAAUAAAAAUGAACGCACUCCGGCAGCGAGCUCUCCCUUUAACCCGGAGUUACAUCAUAACGAGUCCGGCGGAAACGACGCCAUAGCGGACUGUUUAUUCUAAAGUGCCGUUGCGUUUUCACCAACUACAAAUCAACGGUAACUCGCGCAAGAUGUCGUCAGUCUUCUGCCUCCGGGACGUUGUCCGCGAGCGGCUGACCGCCGCCGCGGAGGACAUCCUGCGGGUCUUUGCGGACCGCGUGGCGGAGUACGAGGAGGAGAUCCGCCGCCAGCGCGAACUGCUGGACGUCGUUCUGAAGCCAGUGGUGAAACUACACCAGAAACAGGUCGCGGAGGGUCUCGCUGACCGGCCGCUAUGUGUUCAGGACAGGAGCUCCAGUCAGGGUCCCCCGGGGAUCAAGGAGGAAUGGGAGGAACUGCCCACCAGUCGGGAGGGACAGGAGACCGACACAUGUUUAAUGGGUCGGACUCCGCUUUUGGAUCCUCCAAACGUCACCUCGGGAGCAGCAAUCCAAUCUGAGUCCGACAGUGACCACGGCCUCCCUCGCCGAGACCAGCGCAGCGAGCGCUUCAAAUGCUUGUUCUGCGCCGAGGAGUUUUCCGAUUUGUUAAAGUUAAAAGUUCACACGAGGACCCACGUGGGAGAAAAGCACUACAAAUGCGACACUUGCGGGAAAGGGUUCGCCCUGAAGGCCCGGAUGAGAAACCACGCGGGGGCGACGCCCCUCAACUGCCCGGUGUGCGGGAAGGAGUUUGACUGUGGCGCCAACGUGAAGACGCACGCGGGCCAGAAGCCCCACGCGUGCCUCACUUGCGGGAAGGGAUUCCGCCGGGGGGCGGACCUGAGGAGGCACAACCGCACUCACACGGGGGAGAAACCGUACCGCUGCGCGCACUGCGGGAAGGGCUUCUCCUACGCCUCGUCGCUGAAGAACCACGUGCGGGUGCACACGGGGGAGAAACCCUACAAGUGCGUCCUGUGCGGGAAAGGCUUCGCCGUCGGCACGACGCUGAAGAUACACACGCGAGUGCACACUGGGGAAAAGCCGUACGCGUGCGGCGUGUGCGGGAAGCGGUUCGCUCACGGCACGGGACUGAGACUGCACGGGAGGAUCCACGCACACGAGAGGCUGCAGAGCUCGAAUCCCAAAAUGUAUUGAGAUUCAGCUGUUGGGAUCAAAAGCUGGUACCAGCUUCCCAAGAGGGUUUGCGACUGUUCUGCAUAGAUUUGUGGAACGAGUCGAGUACCAAGCUGUAUUUUUUCGGUUGCAGAUUUUAUGUUUUCGGAUUCAAAUCUUAUAUUUUCAAGUUUCAGAUCUUUUUUUCACAUUCAGGUCUUUGUUUUUGGGGACCCCUGUACACACCAUGUGCAGAGAGUGCAUGCAUGUUCCUUGCAGACUUAUUUCUUGGCACCUGCCACGUUUCCUGCCCGCAGUUUGAACCACGUCAAUUCAAUUCAUUUUGUAUAGCCCAAAAUCCCAAGCCCAAAAAUUUGCCUGAGAGGGCUUCACAGUCUGACAUCCUCUGUCCGAAACCCUCACAUGGGCACAGGACAAACCCUUCCAUGGGGGAAAAAAGGGGAGAAAUCAUUUUGAUGACAUUCAAAGAACUAAGCCUAUCCUUGUUUUUCAAGUGUGAAGAGACGGACCAAAACAACUCUGCAUUUUUGGAAGGUGUGUUUGCUGGUGGUUGAGAGACAACAGGAGGGUUGACAAUGAAUUUAAUUUAACAAAACAUGGUGGUAUUUUUGAGACACACAAAUAAAAUAGUAUUUAUUGUAAUCAACCACUUUUAUUUCUACUUUUAUUGAAAACAAAGUUAUACUUUCAGCCAAACAGAUAAGACGAGGAUGUCAGUCUUCAUUUGCGCAGUCAGAGGUAUUUUAUAUAUUUCGUGCUGACUAUAUUCAAUUGUGACAGUGAGUAGAUAUUUGUGCGUUUUCAUUACGUUUUUUUCAGGUAUUUGUGCCGUUAAGAUGUUUCAGAAAUCAUUGGUAUAUGUUCCUUUAGCACGUUACUUCACUCUGUAUUCAUGAUUUCGCUGAUGAUGGUAUAGAGAUAUAAAUAGACACAUUUGUAGCCGUGUUAAUAUUUAAUACCUUUGUUAAAUGUGUAGUCGUAGUUACGUUAUAUUCUUUUCGAAAGCUUGCCUAUAUUCAGACAUCUCGCUGCAAACCCUCCCUCACAUUGAGCUUUUUCCAUCCGUUAUUAACAAGACAAACUUUGUCAGAAAGAUCAAAUGUCCUAUAAUCAUUGAAGUAAUCAGUGAUGCUCCCACUUGGUGUUUAAUGAUAUUUAUGGUCUGCUGCAGUGUUAAGAACAAUUAUUUAUGUAACUAAUUACGGGGAGUGUAUAACAAGAUUGCAUGAUAAACAAAAAAAAUGUUUGUCACUCUGUGUUCAACAAACUUGUCCUGUUAAAAAAUGGCAUAUUCCACUUUUUUGGAGAGUUGCAGAAACAGAUGUUCACAAGUAAACGAUAUUAAAUCGGCAGAAAUCCUCAAAAAGAACAUAGAUAAUACUGGAAUAAAUUAAAAACUAUAUGUUUAAUAAAAACGGAUCACGUACAAACACGCA